UCACCAUCAGACAGCGGGAGUCACCGGCGGAGAGCACACCGACUCAUACGUUACAAAACGCUGCCUUUAGGAGCGUUGCUUUCGCCAAACGACAUGGAAGACCGAGUGGCUUCACUGCUGCUGGUUUGGGUGGCCUCGGCCCUUGCUGUGGCGGUUCCCACAGAUGUUUCGAUGGGUCUGCUGGCUGAGCCCCAGGUGGCCAUGUUUUGCGGUAAACUCAACAUGCACAUCAACGUGCAGAGCGGCAAGUGGGAACCCGACCCCUUUGGAACCAAGAGCUGCAUUGGUACCAAAGAGGGCAUCCUGGAGUACUGCCAGGAGGUGUAUCCGGAGCUCCAGAUUACCAACGUGGUGGAAGCCAACCAGCCAGUCAGCAUUCAGAACUGGUGCAAGAAGGGACGCAAGCAGUGUCGCAGUCACAUGCACAUAGUGGUGCCCUAUCGCUGCUUGGUGGGAGAAUUUGUGAGCGAUGCCCUGCUGGUUCCUGACAAGUGCAAGUUCCUCCACCAGGAGCGGAUGGAUAAAUGUGAGAGCCACCUGCACUGGCACACUGUAGCCAAGGAGUCUUGCGGAGACCGCACCAUGAAUCUCCAUGAUUACGGGAUGCUGUUGCCUUGCGGCAUCGAUCGCUUCAGAGGAGUGGAAUUUGUCUGCUGCCCCGCCGAGGCGGAGCAGGGCACAGAUAGCGUGGAGCAGGACGCUGAUGAUUCGGAUGUCUGGUGGGGCGGAGUGGAGACGGACUACGCAGACAACAGCAUGGUGCGGGAGCCGGAGCCAGCAGAGCAGCAAGAGGAAUCCAAACCAUCUGUGGUAGAGGAGGAUGAGGACGAGGAGGCGCCGGAGGAGGAGGAGGAGGAGGAUAACGAAGAAGAGGAGGAAGAGGAUCUGUUGGAUAACGACCAGGACGGAGAUGGAGAGGAGGAUGAAGAGGCAGUGGAGGAGGAGGAGGAUGAAGAUUACGGCGUCAUCAUCGAUACGCUUGAUGACAGCGAUGAUGCUGAUGAGCCCACCACUAACGUUGCCAUGACGACAACCACCACUACCACCACCACCACCACAGAGUCUGUGGAGGAAGUUGUCAGAGAUGUUUGCUGGGCCAAUGCUGAGACUGGCCCAUGCCGGGCCAUGCUGCCCCGCUGGUUCUUUGACCGACAGGAGGGCCACUGUGUUCAGUUUAUCUACGGCGGCUGCGGAGGCAACCGGAAUAACUUUGAGUCAGAGGAGUACUGCCUGGCUGUCUGCAGCAGCGUCAUGCCCACCGCCAUGCCCAGCUCCCCCGACGCAGUGGACCACUAUCUGGAGACGCCCGCUGAUGAGAACGAGCAUGCCCACUUCCAGAAAGCCAAGGAGAGUCUGGAAGCUAAGCACCGUGAGAGGAUGUCCCAGGUGAUGAGGGAGUGGGAAGAGGCUGAGAGGGAAGCCAAGAAUCUUCCACGUGCUGACAAGAAGGUUGUGAUUCAACGCUUCCAGGAGAAGGUGGAGGCUCUGGAGCAGGAGGCAGCCAGCGAGCGUCAGCAGCUGGUGGAGACCCACAUGGCCCGGGUGGAGGCUCUACUUAAUGACCGCCGCCGUCUGGCUUUGGAGAGCUACCUGACCGCUCUGCAGCAGGACCCACCCAGGCCCCGUCACGUCUUCAGCCUGCUGAAGAAGUACGUUCGUGCCGAGCAGAAGGACCGGCAGCACACCCUCAAACACUUCGAACACAUCCGCAUGGUGGAUCCCAAGAAGGCUGCUCAGAUCAGACCUCAAGUGCUAACCCAUCUGCGUGUUAUUGAAGAGCGCAUGAACCAGUCUCUGGGUCUUCUCUACAAAGUGCCUGGUGUGGCUGACGACAUCCAAGACCAAGUUGAGCUCCUGCAGAGAGAGCAGGCCGAGAUGGCCCAGCAGCUGGCCAACCUGCAGACAGAAUCGAGAGUGAGCUACGGGAACGACGCCCUGAUGCCCGACCAGGAAUUCGGAGACAUCCAGACAGACCUGCUUCCCGAGGAGGACACUCUGGGCCUGGAAGGAAUCGGCUUCGUCCACCCUGAGAGCUUCAACCAGCCAAACAGCGAGAACCAAGUGACUGGAAUGAAGAUGGACGCUAUCCCCAAGCUGCGGAUGGAGACCGAGGACAGACCGGGUACUGAAUAUGAAGUUCACCACCAGAAACUGGUCUUCUUCGCUGAGGACGUCGGCUCCAACAAGGGCGCCAUCAUCGGCCUUAUGGUCGGAGGCGUCGUCAUAGCAACGGUGAUAGUCAUCACCCUGGUGAUGCUGAGGAAGAAGCAGUACACCUCCAUCCACCACGGAGUCAUUGAGGUGGAUGCUGCCGUCACCCCCGAGGAGCGCCACCUGUCCAAGAUGCAGCAGAACGGUUACGAGAACCCGACCUACAAGUUCUUUGAGCAGAUGCAGAACUGAAGAGAAAAUCACAUUUUCACACACUUCGCAUAAACACACCAUCACUCCCCGUUACAUCACACACCUUCCCCUUCCUCCCUCAUUAUCCUCCCCCCAACCUGCCCCCAUGUCUCCAAGAGGCAGAGAUCGCUGAGUGAUUGGGAUAGUCGGUUACAAGCAAACAGAGCGACUGUAGUGUGGGUUUGUUUCAUUUCUGCCUGGCCUGACGCCUCGGCCAAACCACUUUGUUCACUUUAUAGGAGGAAGACGCCUUUUUUAAUUAAAGACAAGGAGUUUGUAGAAGCUGCUGCGUCUGGGCCUGCUGACCCACCCGAGGCAUCGAAACCAAGCACACUUCCUCGACGCUGAUCAGCUCACAGUUUGGUUUGGGGUGGCUGUCGGUGGGGUAUCCUGAGAGUUAACCUCACCCCUUGAUCAGCAUGUUUCUAAAAAUCGGUUGCAAUCAUUUCGUAUAACUUCCAGCCAAAUCCUCCUGCGUUCUGAAAUAUAUAAUGAAGCUGAGCAUUGUGUUUUAAACACCGCACUCCCCCUACAGUCUACACUGGAGAACAAGAGUGUGUCCCCUCCUUUCUUUCUCUUCCUUUCCUCUCCCCCUCCAUCCUCCUUCCUUUCAUAGAACAGCUGGGCUGUGUUAAGCCACACAUGGCUCUUAAGGACACCGUGAGAAGCUGACAAUAAUGAUCAUGUUGAUGACAGCAGCAGUAGUAAUUAUGUGUUCUUAAGGAACUGUCUUUAUUUUAGAGGUUCUCUCUAUCGUUUCCACUUUUCUUUUCCAAAAAAGAUUGAAAACAGUUAAAAAAAAUAAAAAAAAAAGUCAACUGAUGUAAAAUCAUUUUUUUUAAAAUUGCGUGUAAUGUUGCUGAAGUCUUAGCUGUUCCUUAUGUAGUGUGCAUGACAACAACAGGAUUUGGAGAAAAAAACAACACAGGAUCUUAACGCUGCUCUCUCUGGAAAUCCUUCCUCACGUAUAGAUUGUCAUUCUAGCAAGAUUGUACAUUUAGUAUCCAAUCGUGAUCACGUGACAUCAAACAAGAAUGAAUAAUAUAUAGAAAUCUAGAUGAACGGGCUCUGCUUUGAUAUCAUGUAAAGAUGUUUUUUUUCCCCCUCCUUUAAGUUAAAGUUCCUUGUUUGCAUUUCUGAGCUCCUCCGCUCCUCAGGCUGCAGGAUGGGGAAGAGAUUCAUCUUUGUAAAUUUUCAUCCAUGAAAGUAUAUCGAUAAAAAUCCUCUUGGAAUCACUCCUAAUCAUGAUCACUUCACGUUCCUGUUUUCUGCUAAACGGCUUGUUGUUUGGGUGAAGGUUGAGAGGACACUUUGAGCAGCAGGUUAGGAUAGUUUCCAUGUUGCAAGGUUCCUACACAGUCUGGAAAAGCCAAAUAUGAUUUUUGAAAAACACUUUUAUUUCAGCAUUUUAAUCCGUAUUGCUUUGCUAAAAUGUGUCCUGACUACUUUCUCCCUUCCUUCUGCCCUUCCACCCUGGUCCCACCUUGCUUCUUUUUGUCCUUCGAUCUUAAGCUUGGCCUAUGUUCCUUCCUUCCCUCCUUUAUGGCAUUUAUCCUUCUUUCCUUAUUUGUUUCCUUGCUUCCCUCUUUCCUUGUCUCCUCUCACUGUCUCGUGCGGUCCUUCCUUUCGUGUCCCACCAUUCUAGUGUCCUUUCGUCAUUUCUUCCUUCCGGUUUCUUGUUUUUGCAGAUUACAUAUUUACAGGUUGCCUGCUGUGGAAUAUUUAUCAUAUAUUUCUGGUGAACUUAGGUAUUUUAUAUUUUUAUGGUGAACACAAAAUACUGGGGACUCUGGAAAGUUGAAUCUGCAAACGUCUGGCAUUUUAACAUGGAAAAUGUGUAGGAACCCUGAUGUUGUCAUUUUCAGUCGGGGGUUUUUCCAGUUCUAAGCCAAGUCAUUAUUUUUUUAGCUUUGCUUCAGGAGUGCUAGGAGGUGGAGGUGGAGGAGGAGGAGGAGGAGGCGGCACAGGAGAGGGAGAGAGAGGAAAUGACUUGCAGUUCCGGAUGGAUAACCAGUCAGUCAGGCAGUCUGUGUAUAUAAUGGAUUUUCACUUCCCGCUGCACCUCCCCUCCCUUCCUCGCCUUUCUUUCCCUCCAGGCGUGCAGCUCACCUCUCUGCCACGAGCUCAGAAGCUGACAUACAGAUAUAAGGGCGUUUACCAUCGAGAAUUGACAGCAAGUUGGAGGAGGAGGUAAAGGCAGGGAGCAAGUAAUAAAAUCAACACCACGUAUGAAGAGCUACAGUGGAACUACUCAAACAUGUUUAGAGAUCUCAUAAAUGAAAUGCUGAGUAAAAUGUAUAUUUUAGGAAUGCAAUUGGGUGAGUUUGUGGUUUCAGAAGGUGCUCAGUAGAAUAGAAGAAGCAGGAUUUUCUUUUUUUUCUGUGGGGUAUAUAUUAUUUUUUUUUUCACUGUGUAAUAUUGUGCAGGCCAUUUGCAUCGACUGGGAUAAUGCUUUCUACACUGUAUUCCAUAAUAAAGUUUUGAAUGUACAUAAA